AUGCUUUCGUUUUUCUUUCAGAUGGCCGAUGCAAUGGAGAUGAUGAUUUUAAGUAUCCUUGCCCCGGCUUUGCAUUGUAGCUGGAAUCUCAGUGGAAUAAAGCAAGCUUUAUUGACCACGGUUGUCUUUUGUGGAAUGAUGGCAAGUUCUGGUCUGUGGGGGAGUAUCUGUGACAAAUAUGGCCGAAAAGUGGAAUUAAUAAUGUCAUCACUCUUUACCUGCUACUUUGGCUUUCUUAGUGCUUUUUCCCCAACAUUUAUUUGGAUUUUAGUUCUCCGCUGUUUGGUUGGAUUCGGUGUUGGAGGUGCCCCACAAGCUGUGACGUUAUAUGCAGAGUUUCUUCCAAGCAGUAGUCGAGCCAGAUGUGUUGUAUUAAUUGAAAUCUUUUGGGCAAUUGGCGCCUGCUUUGAAGUUCUUUUGGCAUUACUAGUUAUGCCUUAUCUUGGUUGGCGUUGGCUUUUAGGAUUGUCUGCUCUGCCACUCUUGAUAUUUUCUGCUUGUUGUUCUUGGCUCCCAGAGAGUGCAAGGUAUGAUGUCACUCGUGGAAAUAUAGAGAAAGCUCAAGCAACUAUAGAAAGAAUUGCAAAAGAAAAUGGAAAACCUAUGCUCUUAGGAAAAUUACAAGAAACAAAUUUGCAGACAGAAAAUGUGAAACGUGGAAGUUUAUUAGAUACACUAAAGUCUGAUUUUAGGAUAACAACUAUUUUGCUAUGGGUAAUUUGGUUGGUAAAUGCUUUUUCUUAUUAUGGAAUUGUUCUAAUGACCACUGAACUUUUUCAAUAUGGAGGUAUUUGUCCUCUCUCAAAUGAUAAAAUGGUAGCCAAUGCAAACCCAGUGUGUUCUUUGGAAUGCAAAAUGCUUUCUACAAAGGAUUAUGUUGAUCUCUUAUGGACAACAUGUGCCGAAUUCCCAGGUUUAAUCAUUACUGUUUUGGUGAUUGACAGAAUUGGAAGAAAAUACACUAUCCUUAUUGAAUUUUUUAUCUUCUCAGUGUUUACCCUGUUCUUGAAUAUCUGUACUACAAGGCCUAUUCUUAUUGUUCUUCUAUUCAUAGCAAGAGCUUUUAUUUCUGGAGCUUUUCAAGGUGCCUAUGUAUAUACACCAGAGGUUUAUCCAACGUCCAUGCGAGCUAUUGGCCUAGGAGCCUGCAGUGCAAUGGCCCGUAUUGGUGCAAUAAUAACUCCAUUUGUUUCUCAGGUUCUCCUAAAAAUAUCUGGUCACCUUGCUGUGAGCAUCUAUGGUGUAUUAGGUCUUCUGGGAGGUUUGGCUGCAUUCUUGUUGCCUAUAGAAACCAAAGGAAGGGAAAUGACGGAUAUCAGCUUGUCACAGGCCCGGUCUCUCCACUAG